AUGAUGCGACGAAGACAACUGAGGUGGAAGUGGUUCAGACGGUAAGUUCCCCCUCAGGUAAGUGCAUUUGCUCUGUUUCUUCCUUUUGUCUGUUGAAGUUGCGUGUCGUCUGCUGCUCUUGCUGCCUGCCCUCUGUAUGCUAGUCUGUCUGCUAAUAGCUAGACGAAACCCUUGCUGCCUGCUGCGACUGUCUGUCUGUCUGUCAGUUUAUGCCUCUCUCUGCUAACAGCUAGGUUUUACGGUGCUUGACACUUGAAUAGUGCCCUCUCACUUCUGUCUCUGACUGAUGAUUGUGUCUGUUUGUCCACUCUAGCUAGCUGCAAGUCCAAAAGCGUUAGGUAGUGUGUAUGCUCUCUCCUACUUCACUCCAUCACAUCACCUCACCACCAAGGUCCCAGGCUAAUUCGGGUCGUUCUCUCACUAACAAAAAGUCGUGGCCCAUAGUGGAGUCCGGCAGCCGUCUGGGAUAACCGGGCAGCCCUGUUCAGGUAGGCGUUGCCUGCCCCCGCGAGGGGGAGGGGGCUAGAAAAGGUGCCCUAAAGAUCGCUGGGAACCACGCUGUCUGUAGGCUGGCCGUGGCCGCAGACAAAAAACACACGGUCGAAACAGCCAAAACCGAAACAACAACAACAAUCACUCUCUUUCUCUUCCAGCCUAUUCUUCUUUUUCUCCUUCUCCUAAUUUUCGCCGCCGCAGUCGCCAGACUGGCAGGGUGAGCCCGCUCACUCUGGCAGCCUGGAAUGUUUGUUCCCUUUUAGACAAUCCGAGGGGCAACCGACCGGAACGGAGGACGGCGCUAGUGGCACGAGAACUGGCGCGCUACAAAGUGGACAUUGCUGCACUCAGCGAGACCCGAUUCUCUGAACAAGCCCAACUGGAGGAGAUAGGUGCCGGCUACACCUUCUUCUGGAGUGGUCGACCCAGGGCAGAGCGACUUGACGCGGGUGUCGCCUUUGCCAUCCGGACCGACAUCGUGGGACGAAUACCCUGUCUGCCGCAGAGCAUCAACAACCGCCUGAUGAGUCUCUGCCUGCGUCUCCGACGAGGAGGCAAAUUCGCCACCAUCAUCAGCGCCUACGCUCCGCCGAUGACCAGCCCCGACGCCGCCGCAAGAGACAAAUUCUACGAGGACCUGCACGCCCUCUUGGCGACUGUGUCGAAGGCGGACAAGUUGAUUGUCCUUGGUGACUUCAACGCCCGCGUCGGCACAGACCAUACUGUCUGGAGGGGAGUGCUGGGUCCUCACGGUCUCCGCGGCUCCAACGAUAACGGCCUGCUUCUCCUCCGCACCUGCGCAGAACACCGCCUCAUCCUGACGAACACGUUAUUCUGUCUGCCGGAGCGAGAGAAGGCCACCUGGAGGCAUCCUCGGUCGCGCCAGUGGCACCUGCUGGACUAUGUCCUCGUCCGGAGGCGAGAUAAGCGGGACGUGCUGGUGACGAAGGCGAUCGCGGGUGCUGACGGGUGGACCGACCAUCGCCUCGUCAUAUCGAAGAUGCGUAUUCGCCUACAGCCCCGCAGGAGACCACAAGGUAAGCGACCCCCAGGUAAGCUGAAUGUUGCUUUGUUGUCUUUGCCCGCUCAUCAUCUCCAUUUCAGCAAUGAGCUAGCUCAACGGCUAGACAACCUCCCCAUCGCCGAUGGCACCGCUGCCGAGAACGCCUUCGUGGAGAACCGCUGGUGCCAACUGCGAAGCACGGUUCAGUGGAUGACACUCGUCGUCCUGUGUCGCCAACAUCAGAACCGGUUCGACGACAACGACUCCGCCAUCAAAAAUCUGCUAUCUGAGAAGAACCGCCUACACAAAGCCUACGUUGAUCACCUUACUGAUGCCACCAACGCUGCCUUCUACGGCAGUCGCCGCCAACUUCAGCAACGACUGCGCGAGAUUCAGGACGCCUGGACUGCUCGCAAAGCUGAGGAGAUCCAAGGCUACGCGGACCGUAGCGAAUGGAAGAACUUCUUCUCUGCGAUCAAAUCUGCCUACGGUCCGCCGACGAAGGGCACUGCUCCUCUCCUCAGCGCCGACGGUAGCACUCUCCUGACUGAGAAGACACAAAUUCUACAGCGAUGGGCCGAGCAUUUUCGAGGCGUCCUCAACCGCCCUUCCGCCAUCUCCGACGCCGCCAUCGGGCGUUUGCCGCAAGUGGGGACCAACGUGGACCUCGACCUCGCGCCAUUUCUCCAGGAAACCAUUAGGGCCGUACAGCAGCUCUCCAGCGGGAAAGCACCCUGA